CAGCGACCGCGAGGGCAGCAAAGAGGACGAGCGAGACAACGACAAAGACGACGAGGACAAGAAGGACGAGACCACCAGCAGCUCAGAGGGAAACUCGCGGUGUCAGACUCCCGUGAAGAUGAAGCUGUCCAGUGAGGCUGAAGCGGUGGAGUGGAGCGGCGCCGAGGCGUCUCUCUUCAGAGUCCUCAUCGGGACGUACUACGACAACUACUGCGCCAUCGCGCGGCUCAUCGGCACCAAGACCUGCAGACAGGUUUACGAGUUCAGGGUCAAGGAGUCGGCCAUCAUUGCUCGCGCUCCCGCCGAAGACGAGGACACGCCGCCGAGGAAGAAGAAGAGGAAGCACAGACUGUGGGCUACUCACUGCCGCAAGAUCCAGCUGAAGAAAG